AUGGCCAAAGACAUUGAAGUUGGUGGAGGGCAUAGUAGAUUCUCAGGAAAAGACUACCAGGACCCUCCUCCAGCACCAUUGAUUGAUGCAGAGGAGCUUGGCCAGUGGUCUUUUUACAGAGCCAUUAUAGCUGAGUUCAUAGCUACCCUCUUGUUCUUGUACAUCACUGUGCUCACAGUGAUUGGAUACAAGAGCCAAUCUGAUGGAGACCAAUGUGGUGGUGUUGGCAUUCUUGGCAUUGCUUGGGCCUUUGGUGGCAUGAUCUUUGUCCUUGUUUACUGCACCGCUGGCAUCUCUGGAGGGCACAUAAACCCUGCUGUCACAUUUGGGCUGUUUUUGGCUAGGAAGGUGUCACUGGUCAGAGCCAUAUUGUACAUGGUGGCUCAGUCCUUGGGAGCCAUAUGUGGUGUUGGGCUUGUGAAAGCUUUCCAAAAUGCUUACUUUACCAAGUAUGGUGGAGGGGCCAAUGGGCUUGCUGAUGGGUACAGCCAAGGCACUGGUUUGGCUGCUGAGAUUAUUGGCACCUUUGUUCUUGUCUACACUGUCUUCUCUGCCACUGAUCCGAAGAGAAAUGCAAGGGAUUCACAUGUCCCAGUUUUGGCACCACUGCCAAUUGGGUUUGCUGUGUUUAUUGUGCACCUUGCCACAAUCCCAAUCACUGGCACUGGCAUAAACCCAGCAAGAAGCCUUGGAGCUGCAGUGAUCUACGACAAUGACAAGGCUUGGGAUGACCAAUGGAUCUUCUGGGUUGGGCCAUUCAUUGGUGCUGCCAUUGCUGCCUUCUAUCACCAAUACAUACUGAGAGCAGGAGCUGUUAAAGCUCUUGGCUCUUUCAGGAGCUCCUCCAACAUAUAA